AUGUACCUUGAUGACGAAUUUGAUACAAAGUAUGACAUGCAAGAUUUCAACACCACUGAUUUAAUCAACUCCUCCACCUUCAUCCUGCUGUGCAUUACUGGCCUCGAAGCGGCCUAUGUCUGGAUCUCCAUCCCCUUCUGUGCCAUGUAUGUCAUAACCAUCUUGGGGAACUUCACCAUCCUGUUUAUUGUGAAGACAGUGCCGAGCCUCCAUGAACCCAUGUACUAUUUCCUCUGCAUGCUGGCUGUCACCGACCUGGUCGCGUCUACAUGUAUCCUGCCCAAAAUCCUCAGUAUCUUCUGGUUCAAUUCCCGGGAGAUUGAUUUCAGUGCCUGCCUCAUCCAGAUGUACUUCAUUCACUGGUUCUCAACGAUGGAGUCUGGGAUCUUCGUGGGCAUGGCUUAUGAUCGCUACAUGGCCAUCUGCCAUCCCCUGAGGCAUUCUACCACCCUAACAAACAACAAUGUGACCAAGAUUGGCCUGGCCAUAGUGCUUCGUAGCACCAUGCUCAUACUGCCUUUUCCCCUGUUGGCCAGGCAGUGGCCAUACAGUAGAACCAACCUCAUCCCCCACAUAUACUGUGACCACAUUGCCGUGGUGAAGCUGGCCUGUGCCGACAACCGCAUCAGUAGUUACUACGGCCUCUCUGAAGCACUGUCUGUGAUUGGCAUGGAUGUGUUUCUUAUCGUCAUGUCCUACAUCCAAAUCCUCAGAGCCAUCUUCCGCCUCCCCACCAAGGACGCCCGGCUCAAGACGUUUGGGACCUGCACCUCCCAUGUCUGUGUCAUCUUAGCCUUUUACAUCCCAAUUGUCUUCUCCGCCCUCACACACCGGUUUGGUCACAAUGUGCCCCUGCAUUUCAUCAUUCUCAUCGCCAGUGUGCAUGUCCUGGUGCCCCCCCUGCUCAACCCGAUCAUCUACGGGGUGAGGACCAGGCAGAUCCGGGACAGAUUUCUUCUAAUCUGUACUUAUAAAGGAUCUUAA